AUGUCGGAAAAAUACCCCAUCGGAACGCGCUCGGAAAGCGAGGAGCUUGUUCGACAAUGGGGAUUCCAACACAUCUUCACUUGGACUGAUGGAGGGUAUGUAAACUCCAUGGACUUGCUACAGUCGCAAACAAAACAUCAGCAUGAUCUAUACCCGAUUUCUCGCAAUCGUAUCACUGGCUUGAGCCUUGCUUGGGCACCUAGAUCUAGACUGACACCUGGUAGCAAUGCUCAUUAUUCCCCGCAUACCCAUUCCGGUCUCACGACACACCUGAUCCGCCGAGGCACUCUAACAAUCACCUACCCGGAAGAUAAUGCAGAAUUACACAAUGGGCAAGUGAAGAAAGAGACGUUUGGUGUUGGAGAGAGGAUUGAUGUCCCAGCUGGAAAGGUUCAUGAGGUGUGGAUUGGGCGUGAAGGGUGUGAGUAUGUGAUUGGGGAAUAG